UACGAUAGUACGAUGAGUACCGAUAACGAUGAACUUGCUGCGAGUCAAACACCUGGUUACAGAGUAGGAGAAAAGAAAACCCUUGACGAAUAUAAUAAUCUGGACGCUACCGACGAAUCUCUCAACAGAUGGAAAGCGUCACUUGGUUUAGGGAAGGCAGCUGGCACCAGUGAUGACACCCGCAAGGUAAUUAUUCUGCAACUUGCCCUUGAGGUUGCUGGGAGACCUGACGUAGUAUUGGACUUAUCAUCUAAAGAGUCUCUUGAAAAUGUCAAAAACACACCUUUCGUUAUCAAAGAAGGUGUUGAAUAUCAAAUGAAAGUUAAGUUCAGAAUUCAACACGAUGUUGUUUGUGGCCUUAAAUAUUUGCAAGUCGUCAAGAGAAAAGGCAUCAGAGUUGACAAAACUGAGGAAAUGAUUGGUAGUUAUGGUCCAAGCGAAGAACCAUAUGAGAAGAAAUUUAUGCUCGAAGAAGCCCCAAGCGGUAUGUUUGCCCGUGGCCGUUAUGAAGCGAAGAGCAAAUUUGUUGACGAUGACAACCACACUCAUGUUGAAUGGUCCUGGUUGUUUGAUAUCAAGAAAGAUUGGGAUUAA